CCCACCACCGUUUCUCAAGGCCGCUACCACGAGUUUUGUAUCUGGACCGAGUUUCAUCCUCUUUAGUGUUUUUUUAUUUUUUAUUUUCUUUUGUUAGCAUGAUCACUAUUGAACCCAAACACAUGGGUAUCCUAACUUGAACACAAAUCAUCGCCUUUUCCCACCAUUUUGCAGCCCAUCUCGAAAUAUUGUCGGCGAAAUCCUAAGUUUUCCCUCACCAUUGUUUCCCAAAGCCGCUACCACGAAUUUUGUAUCGGGACCGACUUUCAUCUGCUUUAGUGUUUUUUUCUUUCACUUUUUCCUUUUUGUUGAGGAUGAUCACAAUUGAACCCAAAUCCAUGGGUAUCAAACUGAUUCGGCCCAAAUGUACACAUUUUAUCCCUUAUUUCUUAUUCGUUUAGCUUAGUAUUUCAUCAUUCCUCGACAUAUUUCACGCUAGGUUGUGCUUGUUUUGAUACAUUUCAGGUCCUAGCACAUGUGGAAGGGUCGAGGUCGAAUUUUGGUAUAAUUGGAGGUCAAAAAGUGCAAAAACUGAAGAAAAGUCCGAAGAAGCAGUUGUGACGGUCGCUAGACCGUGACAAUUGCCCUGUAGCUGUGAAGUGCAAGCAUCCAGGAAACAGCCGCAAUUCACGGUCGGACGAGGUAGUUCACUGUCUCCUAAGACCGUGAACUUCGACCACAAACCGUGAACACCUAGGCGUCCAACGAGGUUCCUGAAGUUACUGACGACAAGGCAGUUCACGGGUCUCUAAGACCGUGAACUGUGGCCACUGACCGUGAACCCAGGAAGCAAAGCGCUGCGUUUGGAGACGAUAGAGUUCACAGACAUGUUUAGGUGUUCACGGCCGUGAAUUGGCCUACGCGUCCGUGAACUGAUCACUUUCGGGCAAAUAUGAAGACAACAACAGGGAGAGAGAAAGGGGGAGCUGGUUUUUGGAGAAGAAUUGGUUUCUCUCUCUAGGGUUUGCCCAAAAACACCAAAGGGGAUUUCUAGUGAGAGAGAGAGAGAGUGCUAUAGUGAUCUUGGAGCAUCAUUGGAUGCUUGGGUGGAGAUUCAAGCCUAGAAGAAGAAGAAGAAGAUCUUGAGCUCAAAUUUUUAAUCCCUCUCUCUCUCUAGAAACUCACUCUUUUCUCUUGGGUGUAGUAGAUCCCUAACUAAACUUUGUAAUUACUUGUUUAGAUUGAAUGAUUGUCAUUGGGUAUUGUCUAAUUCAAUGAUUGAGAUAUUAUUCAUGUUGAUUGUGCAUACUUGUGCUUAGCAAUCUAAGGGUUGUGCAUGUUUUGUGCUUAGCAUCCUUAGGUUUGUGCAUUUUGGUGCUUAUCACCCUAAGGAUUGUGCAUAAUUGUGCUUAGCAUCCUUAGGUUUGUGCAUGUUGGUGCUUUGCAAUCUAAUUAGCCACUUUAACCUAGUUAGAGAGGAAAAUCCCCCUUGAAAGGGAGACUCAAUCGAGUUGGUUUUCCUUUAGCUUUUUAAGUCACCUAACUAGGUUAAUUUAGGGAAAACCUCAAUGUUGAAUUUAGCAAAUUGGUUAAGCGUGAUUAAGCCAUCCAACCCUUGAGUUGAGUGAGGGAGUAAGUCACCACCGAUUGCCUAAACCGGAGGGCCGAAUGACACGGCCUAUAAUAUUGACCUCGGUUUAGCAAUCGAGAUUGUGGUCUACGACCAUAUUUGCAUCCCUCUGCGGUUCGCGGUUACCUUGCCCAUAGCAAUCGUUCCAAUCCAACGAGUCUUGAAAGCUAGUUAGAGGGGAAGCAACUCCCGGGUGAAGAUCCCUUAGUUAGAAUUUUCCUUUAUUUACUUUCCCUCGCUAGUUUAGUUUGUAGUUUUUUUAGUUUUAAAACCCAAAACCAUUUUGCUACAUAACAACUUAAGCGAUUGAAGUAGGGGUACAUGGACUGGCCCGAGUCGAUAUUUAAAUACUUGCUCUAUACUGCACCCGGCUAGAGUUUAAAAACUUGGACUCUAGUCGGGAUUAAUUUGUGGUGUAGUUUUGUGCGAGUCACAAACCUAAUUCUAUCCAGUCAAAGCGACCUGAAACAGAAUUUCGCAUUCAUAAAUUUCUCUUUUUUCUUCUUCUUUUGGUUGGGAAGACAAUUAAACCCGAAUUUAAAGUUUUGACGAGUAGAGAUGACAAAAGGUAAGCUGGUAAAUAGUUUACCGUUGUACCAAACCGGUAAACUGUAAACCGAUUGUCACCGGUAUCGGUACCCGAGUUUGUAAUGGGAAAAUACCGUUUACCGGCCCCAGUUACGGUAGAUACCGACGGUAAGUCUGUAAUACCGAUACCUGGAACCAGUACGCUGCGUUUUGGCCCAACCCCUCCAAACCCUAAAAAAGAAACCCCUUCCCUGCGUUUUGGCCCAAAUAUUACAUACAUGAAUGGAAGUAAGUAAGUAUAGGCCUAAAAAAUAUAAUAAAUAAGAGUUAAUAAUAAAUUAUUAAUUAAAAAAAUGAAGAAAAAACUCAGAAAAAUCAAAAUUUUACAACCUGACCCCACUACCCAGAAUUUCAGUUUGGUAAUUUUCCGGUAAACUGAACCGAAAACCAUCUCAAGCAACUUCUUACGGAAAAAUCGGUAAAACCGGUUUGUAACCGUUUACCGGUAAUUUGGUAACUGGUAAACCGGUUACAAACCGGUAACGGUAAUCGAUUCCUCCCUCCCAUGCUCGGCAUACUGUUUACCGGUUACCGACUGAUUGCCACCCCUAUUGGCGAGUGUUAUAUUGUGAGUGAGCUUUAUCCGCUUUUGUAGUUGGUAGGUUGGACCAAAUGUUAAUUUGUUAAAAAUUUGUUCAAAGCGAGUUGAACACAUUAUUGACCAGUUUUAGAUCGAAAGCGAGUUUUGUACUCUUUAAUUUUUUUAUUUCUUAUUUUCUUUUUCGUUGAGAAUGACAAUUGAAAUCCGACCCAUUGUUGACGCGUUUCAUAUCGAGAGCGAGUUUUAUCUGCUUUUGUAAUUGACAGAUUGGGUAAACUGUGAAUUAGUUAAAACUCGGUCGACUCGGUCAAAGCGAGUUGAACGCAGUGUUGAGCGUUUGGGGUCAUGAGCGAGUUUUAUCCGCUUUAGUAUUUUUUUAUCCUUUUCCUUUUGAUUGAGAAUGACAAUUGAGUCCAAACGCACGAGUAUACAACCUAAUUCGACCCGACCAAAGAGACUUGAACCCGAUUUUACAGGUUUGCGGCGGGAGCGAGUUUUAUUUGUUUUUGUAAUUGGUGUGUUGUGUCAGGUGUGAAUCUGUCCAAAAAUCGAUCCAACCAGGUCAAAGCGAGUGGAACUUGUUGUUGACAAGUUUUGAGUCGGUAACGAGCUUUAGAUUUAGUGUUUUCCAUUUCGCUUUUUCCUUUUGUUUGGGAAAGACAAUUGAACCUAAAUCCAUGUGUAUCCAACCUAAUUUGACCCGAUUAAUGGGAGUUGAACCUCCUCAAACCUGCAAUUAGUUGAAAAUUUUGAUAAAGGAGAACCACGAUUACCUCAAACCCAAAAAAAGCUAAAAGAGUACGACUAUGUUUGGUCCGAAUUUUAUAAGUUUUAUGUUUCAAAAGUUGAAGUCAAGCCUAACACAUCUAAAAUUUUGCUUUUUAAAAAACUGAAGUUUUUCGUAACUUCAAAGCAGAAAGUCCUAAUUGAAAAUACAAAAUUGUCCUUACCAUAUAUUAUUCUUUUUCUAAACAUAAUGUUCUUUGAUUUAUAUCAUUAUAAAAAAAAAUUAAAAAUAGUAUUAUUUAAUAUGAAAUAGAUCUAACGUGAUCCAUUUGAAGUACUUUUUUUAGUUUUAGAAUUUGUAUUAAUAUUUUAUGUUAGAAAUAUUUUUUAGUCAUUUUUCAUUACCUCUUAUAUUAGAAUGUAAUUCUGAUAGUUUUUCAGUUAAAUACUCAACAGUUUUUUUAAAUACUUUUUGAAAAGAUCAAGAGAAGCUGCUUCAUUCUGCAAAAGUUACAACAGGAUCAAUUGCUAGCCAUACAAAUUGAAGCGUUAUGAAAGAGGUUUAAAUAUAAAUAAUCUAUUCGACUGCCUUUCUACAUUCUGCAAGUUCAUCGACCAUAUGAUAUUGUAAAUAACCAAACUAUAAAAACAAUGAAUAAAAAUGAAAUAAGAUUACUUUCACUUUUGGGUCAACAUCAAAUCUAUUACUUUUUAAAAUAUUUAUUUUUCUAAAUAUGCGAAGCUAUAUUUAUUUUUCUAAAUACGUAGCUAGCGGACUUUUGCUAAUUUGUAUACAAGGGAACCUACUAUUCUAAUGCAAAGCACGAUCCCUUUCAAGCAAGGUUGUCAACCCGCGGGUCAACCCACUUUGACCUUGACCCGAUGAGAAAAAUGGGCCGCACGCACCCGUAGGGUCAACCGCUACAAAGUAUCGGGUUGGAGGUCAAAUUGUGUAUUUUUUUUCUUUGGUUUGCGAAAUGCACCUAUUUUUCGAUUUUUCUUUUCUCCUAACUCAAUAUUUGGAAUCCUUAGUUGAACAUUUGAAUAUUGAUGUUAUAUAAAUGUGUGUGGAUUUUCAUUAUAUGUAAAAUCUAAGUACGACAUGUUAUUUUGGUGUAAGUUUAUAUGUUAUUACUAAUAUGUUAAAUGAGAUUUGAUAUUAUUUAUCAGGAUAAAUACAAUAUAAUAAUUAUUUCCAUAUUUUGCAGGCUGGAACGGGUUAAAACAAGUGACCCGUUAACUCUUGACCAAUUAACUCGACCUGGUCAACCCGCAAGUUGACAACCUUGCUUUCAAGCCUUUCUAUUAUACUUUACUAUCUAGCUUCGUGACUGACGAGCUGAUUAGUGUUAUGCCAGGGAAUGAGACAAGAUCAUGAGCUGUGCUGCGCAAUGCCGAGAUGAGGACAAACAAAACUCGAGCGUCCAUCCAUCCACGAACCACGAUAGCAUAAGCACAAAAAAAUCUCUUACCCGGAGACACACAGAGGAAGAAAGCAGAGUGAGACGGAAAUAUGCCUGGAGCUGGAAGGAGCAGCAGCGGUGGAGAUGGAAGAUGGUCACUUCAAGGAAAGACUGCCUUCGUCACUGGUGGAACCAAAGGAAUUGGAUAUGCUAUCGUGGAGGAAUUGGCUGGACUUGGGGCGACAGUACAUACUUGUUCAAGGGACGGAACUCGCCUCGACGAGUGUUUACGUGAAUGGAAAUCCAAGGGCUUCCAAGUUACCGGUUCAGCCUGCGAUGUUUCCUCGCGAGCUGAACGGGAAAACCUCGUGAAAGAAGUUUUCUCCCUGUUCAGUGGGAAAUUAGAUAUCCUCGUCAACAACGUUGGAACAAACGUAACAAAACCAACCCUGGAUUACACAUCAGAGGAUUUUUCAAUGCUGAUGGGCACCAAUUUCGAUUCUGCUUAUCACUUCUGCCAACUUGCACACCCGCUUCUGCAAGCUUCUGGGGCUGGAAGCAUCGUGUUCAUCUCUUCUGUUGGAGGGGUGGUUUCACUCAGCACUGGAAGCAUCUAUGGAGCAACCAAAGGAGCCAUGAACCAACUCACCAGAAACUUGUCUUGCGAGUGGGCGAAGGACAACAUAAGGACCAACUGUGUUGCUCCUUGGUACAUCAGAACCCCACUGGCGGAGCGGCAUCUCAUCAAGGAAGAGUUCAAGAAUGAGGUUGUGAGUCGAACACCAAUGGGGCGAGUUGGGGAACCAAAGGAAGUGUCUUCUCUAGUUGCGUUCCUCUGCCUCCCAGCUGCCUCUUACAUAACUGGCCAGACCAUUUGCGUCGAUGGAGGAAUGAGUGUCUAUGGUUUCUCCUUCCCGUGAUACAAUAUGAAAGUUCUCUCUGCUUUCUGGGUCGGUCUCUUAGUGUUAGUACAGUUCCCAUCAGAGUCCUCUUUUAAUGACUGAGCUACUGGUCUGUAAGCUAGCUUCAACAAAUCAAAGUUCUCAGA